GUCUUACUGGACAGUCAUUGACCUGAGCUCUUGUGCCCGACACACGCUUCGGCUUUUCAAACAUGCACAAUUUACAGCAGCGUCUCAGUGCUACCUUUUCGUUCGCUGUGAGCGCCUUGUUCACCGUCCUUGGAGUUGUGGCAGCGAUCUCAUGGGUGACAGGAUACGGAACAGCUGCCACCAAAGUCAACGUCAGAGACAUACGAGUUAUUCAAAGUCGAUAUGGUCCUGAUUACUUUGACUAUGGCCGAAAAACGAGCGAGUUCGGUAUGCUCAAGUUCGACAUCGAUGCAGAUCUUACACCUCUCUUCAACUGGAACACAAAGCAAGUCUUUGUUACCGUUGUAGCAGAGUAUGAGACAAAGACACAUAACAAGAAUCAAGUUGUCGUAUGGGAUAAGAUCAUUCGAGACAAAGACUCAGCGAAAAUUAAUCUGCGUAAGGUAUCCAACAAAUACGCAUUAAUCGACUUCAGUCAAAAAUGGAGAAACCAAGUAGCCAAUUUGUCUGUUCACUGGGAUGUCACUCCCCACGUUGGCAUCCUACAGAACGGACGGGGAGAUACCUCUUCGGUAAAGUUCACUUUCCCCAAAUUUGAAAGUAGUGGCGGCCGAUAAUUACUAGAAUUUGUAAAUUGUCCAUACCUCUUCAAACUAUAAACCAUUUAACAACAACGUGAGAAUUUGGAGAUGGCGUGUUG